AUGCAGCAGCAGCAGCAGCAGCAGAAGCAGCAUUACCUGUCCUUUUCUGAAAUAGUUCAGCAAAAACUUCGAAGCAUUUGUGCGGAUGACGGCCACAUUUUGGUACUGCAGCAGCAGCAGCAACAGCAGCAGCAGCAACUCACAAUGAGUUCAAAGGGGGUAGCAACAGCAAAAGAAACAGAAACACCAGCAGCAGCAGCAACAGCAGCAGUAGCAAAAGCAGCAGCACGGCCUGCUGCAGCCACCGUCGCACUCUUUGCUAUAUCUCUCCCUAUCGCAGCUGCUGUCUCAACUGCUGCUGCUGCUACUGCUGUUGCUGCUACUGUUGCUGCUGCUGAUGACGCUGUUGCUGCUGUUGCUGCUGCUGCUCACAAGUCCUUCCGCUUUGUGCUCUUCUCUCAAGGCCUUUAUUCUCUCUCCAACGUAAUUCGUCACCUGCAGGCAGCAGCAGCAGCAGCAGCAGCAGUAGCAGCAUCAGCAGCAGCAGCAGUAGCAGCAUCAGCAGCACAUCACAGUCACCAGGCGCCGCGGUAUCAGCAGCAGCACGUCGCAAGCAGCAGCACAAGUGAUACACAAACAGCAGCAGCAGCAGAAGCAGCAGCAGCAGCAGCAGCAAGAUGA